UCGUAACUCCCAGAGUCCCCGUGAAAAAGAGUUUGGCCAGGGCCAGAGUUGCAAGAAGGGGGGGCUUGCUUUGCUUAUAGCUUUUAGUUUUUUCAAAGGGGGGUAUAACUACUGCCUUUUCCCCCUCCAUCACCACCUUUUUUAUUUUCCUUUUUUCUCAUUUUUCAUUUUCUUUUUGCAGCCUCGCUUAAGGAUCUCCGGGAUUUAUUUCUCUAUCCACCCCCCUCCAAUCUUGCUCCUGUCAGAUCAUGAACAAACUAUAUGUUGGGAAUCUAAGUCCUUCUGUCACUGUGGAGGACUUGCAGCAGCUCUUCGGGGAAAGGAAGCUGCCCGCGGCCGAGCAGGUCCUCGUCAAAUCCGGCUAUGCCUUUGUGGACUUCCCCGACCAGAACGCGGCCGUGAAGGCUAUCGAGCUUCUCUCGGGGAAAGCAGAACUGCAUGGCAAGGUGAUAGAGGUGGACUACUCCGUUCCCAAGAAGCUUAGGAGUCGGAAGAUUCAGAUCCGGAACAUUCCCCCUCAUCUACAGUGGGAGGAUUUCGACGGUCUCCUAGCUCGAUAUGGUACUGUAGAAAACGUGGAACAAGUCAACACUGACACAGAAACAGCAGUGGUGAAUGUUACAUACGCAACCAAGGAAGAAGCUAAAGAAGCCAUUGAGAAGUUGACAGGACAGCAGUGCGACGACUUCUCCUUGAGGGUGUCGUACAUCAUGGACUUGGAUGCUGCUCCGCCCGUCCAGGCCGCCCGAGGUCGACGCGGCGGCCGCUUGUCACGGGACCAGGAGACCCCUCAGCCCGGACCUUCAGGAGGCUUUGGUGCGCCACGGCCCCGACAGCAGCAGGACUUUCCUUUGCGCAUGCUCGUGCCCACUCAAUUUGUGGGUGCCAUCAUCGGCAAGGAGGGACUCACCAUCAAGAACGUCACCAAGCAGACGCAGUCAAAAGUGGACAUCCAUCGGAAGGAGAACGCGGGCGCAGCCGAGAAGCCGAUCACCAUCCACUCGUCUCCAGAGGGCUGCUCCUCAGCCUGCCGUAUGAUCCUGGACAUCAUGCAGAAGGAGGCCAACGAGACCAAGACGCCGGAGGAGAUUCCUCUAAAACUUCUGGCCCACAAUAGCCUGGUAGGCCGCCUCAUUGGGAAGGAGGGCCGCAACCUGAAGAAGAUCGAGGAGGAGACAGGGACCAAGAUAACCAUCUCCUCGUUACAAGAUUUAACCAUUUACAAUCCAGAGAGGACCAUCACAGUGAAGGGCGUCUUGGAAUCGCUUUGUAAAGCAGAGGCAGAAAUCAUGAAGAAACUGAGGGAGGCCUAUGAGAAUGACGUUGCUGCUAUAAAUCAACAGGCCAACCUUAUCCCAGGCUUGAACCUCAACGCUCUGGGCAUCUUCUCCUCUGGUCUGCCGGUGCUGCCCCAAGCUGCUGGACCUCGUGGCUCAGCCCCCCCUGUGGCACAAGCAGGAUACAACCCAUUCUUAAGUCACUCUUCACAUCUCAGUGGCCUGUACGGGGUUCCUCCAGCAAGUGCCAUCCCCCACCAGCACUCAGCUCCAGAACAGGAGGUUGUCUACCUCUUUAUUCCAACUCAGGCAGUGGGAGCUCUCAUCGGCAAGAAGGGUCAGCACAUCAAGCAGCUCGCCCACUUUGCUGGAGCUUCCAUCAAGAUCGCUCCGGCUGACAGCCCUGAUGUCACAGAGAGAAUGGUGAUAAUUACUGGGACGCCAGAGGCUCAAUUUAAGGCCCAAGGUCGGAUAUUUGGCAAGCUGAAAGAAGAGAACUUCUUCUCUGGCAAGGAGGAAGUAAAAUUGGAGACGCACAUUAAGGUUCCUUCUACUGCAGCCGGAAGGGUCAUCGGGAAAGGUGGCAAAACGGUGAAUGAGCUUCAGAACCUUACAAGUGCUGAGGUCAUCGUACCGCGGGACCAAACUCCAGACGAGAACGACGAAGUGUUUGUGAAGAUCAGCGGGCAUUUCUUCGCCAGUCAGACUGCACAGAGGAAGAUCCGGGAGAUCAUUCAGCAGGUCAAACAGCAGGAACACAAACACCAGCGAGGUGCCGCCAGUUCACCGCAACACUCCAAGUGACCAGCGGGCGCCGGCCAUUGAAUGUAGCCCUCCCUAAAACGGACAGAGACCUCUAGUCAGACAACGGCCGCGGCCCGAGAGGGAACGCGCAGGGCAGACCAGCAGCGGCGGGAUCAAAAAAAAAAAAAAAAAAAAAA